AUGGCCGAUGACGAUUACGAUGGUGGUGACUUUGAUGUCGAUGAUGAACCCUUUGAGGAACCUCCUGAAGCGGAAACUGAAGCUAAAGGAGACGUUAUGUAUGUGACUUCUGGCGAGCCGCCUCGAGUGCAGCAAGGCCUUAACAUUCAACCUAAAGGACCAGUUGAUAAGAGCAAACGUAUAACUACUCCCUAUCUCACAAAAUACGAAAGGGCGCGUGUUUUGGGAGCCCGUGCACUUCAGCUCUCCAUGUCAGCUCCUGUCAUGGUUGAGCUAAGUGGCGAACGAGAUCCUCUCAAAAUUGCAGAGAAGGAAUUGCGGGCCAACAAGAUUCCGAUUAUUAUUCGGCGAUAUCUCCCCGAUGGCAGUUUUGAAGAUUGGAAUUUGGAUGAACUCAUUCUCGUGGAAUAA